AUGGGCGAAUUCCCCGUCAAGAAGUGCGGCGUCCUUGGCUGCACCGGCUCCGUCGGCCAGCGCUUCAUCCUCCUCCUCUCGCAGCACCCCUACCUCAAGCUCGUCGCAGUCGGCGCCUCCUCCCGCUCCGCCGGCAAGAAAUACCGCGAUGCCGUCCGCUGGAAGCAGGCCUCGCCCAUGGGCCCCUUUGGCGACCUCGUCGUGCGCGAGUGCAAGGCCUCCGAGUUUGCGGACUGCGACAUUGUCUUCUCCGGCCUGGACUCCGACGUCGCUGGCGAGAUUGAGAUGGAAUUCCUCAAGGCCAACCUCGCCGUCUUCUCCAACGCAAAGAACUACCGCCGCGACCCCCUCGUCCCCCUCGUCGUCCCCACCGUGAACCUCCCCCACCUCGACCUCAUCCCCCACCAACGCGCCCAGCACAAGCUCCAAAAGGGCUUCCUGGUCUGCAACUCAAACUGCGCCGUCAUCGGCCUCGUCAUCCCCUUCGCCGCUCUGCAAUCCGUCUUCGGCCCCGUCGACGCCGUCUCCGUCGUCACCAUGCAGGCCGUCUCCGGCGCCGGCUACCCGGGCGUCUCCUCCAUGGACAUGAUCGACAACGUCGUCCCCUUCAUCUCCGGCGAGGAGGACAAGCUCGAAACCGAGGCCCAGAAGAUCCUCGGCAACAUCACGAGCAACCUCACCGCCUUCGAGGACCAGAAGGACCUCAAGGUCAGCGCCGCCUGCAACCGCGUCCCCGUCCUCGACGGCCACACCGCCUGCGUCUCCCUGCGCUUCGCCCGCCGCCCCGCCCCGAGCGCCGAGGACGUCAAGAAGGCCCUGCGCGAGUACGUCUCCGACGCGCAGAAGCUCGGCUGCCCCUCCGCGCCCGAGAGCCCCAUCAUCGUCUUCGACGAGCCCGACCGCCCCCAGCCCCGUCUGGACCGCGAGCUCGGCCGCGGGUACACCGUCAGCGUCGGCCGCGUCAGGGAGGACGAGAGCGGCAUCUUCGACAUCAAGUUCGUCGCCCUCAGCCACAACACCGUCAUCGGCGCCGCUGGCUCUUCCAUCCUCAACGCCGAGGCUGCCGUUCUCAAGGGCUUUGCUUAA